GUCGAACGUAGAACUUCUGCCUCUUUCACUUAUUUCUCUAUUUGCCAGUCAACUCUUCCUAUAUAGCUCAAAACUCUUAGUACCUAAAAAUGUCUCGCAUUCCUCAACCAUCUUCACGUCCAACGGUGAAGACGACUCUCGUGCCCCCUGCUCGCUCACGAGCUCCAUCGCCGUCUAAGCCUGCUGCCAGUGUAUCUUCUCCUCGCGUGAGGACUAAGUCGGUCCCAAAAUCUCCGUCUAAGGCUAUCCGUAGGCCACCGCCUGUCGAAAAUGAACCACCUGUUCCCAAAACACCAUUGAGUAUCAAGGAAGCUGUCGCUCUGAGGCGAGCCGAAGCCAAAAAGGCUAUAUCUACUUCUUCAGGCCUUGGCAAUAGCGCAGGCUUUGGUGAAUUUGAGAACCUCGAAGACGUAAAUCCGAAGAAGAACGAAGAAGAAACACUCGAUUUGGGGAGGUGGUCUGUGAAAGAAACCAUCGAGCGUGCUCGAAGCACAGGUGCCAUCAAUUUGUCCUCUCGCUCUCUACCAUGCAUUCCUUCUGCCUUAUUUGACAUUCAUUUGGGGAUAACUCCUGAUCCAUUGAAGUCUGCAGCUUCAGAGCCACCCAUAUCGUCCCCCACGGAUACUCCAUGUUCGUCCAGGCGGACUGGCCAACGAGAAGGACCAGCGUGGUUUGAAGCUCAAGACUUGCAUGUACUCAAAGCAUGGAAUAACGAUAUUGUCGAAAUACAGCACGAAAUCUCCCUCUUUGGAUCACUGAAGACCGUUGAUUUGCAUCAAAACAGGAUUGUUCUCCUACCUGAUACCUUUGCCGACCUUACGGCUUUAACUACCCUAGAUCUUUCUCAUAACUGCCUCACAGCACUACCUUCAAAUAUCUUCGCCUUAUCAAAUCUCACGGUCAUGAAACUGUCCCAUAAUGCCCUCAGCGAGCUCUCCUUUGGUGCCCCGUUCUUGAAGUCUCCCUCACGCACAGCGCAACACGAUACCUUCAGUUCCGGGGGAUUCUUUGAUCCUGUCAUCACGAGAGCCUCGUCGCCAUUGCCACGCCUUUCUGUCCUGGAUGUGUCUCAUAACAAACUCACCGCUUCCACCAUAGACCAUGCCAAUUUGCCUCCGUUGAUCACAAAAGCUGAUUUUGCCGCAAAUCCCCUAGCUUUAGGAGACUCCAACUCGACACUUGCAUUUAUACGAGCGCUCAGUCACUUGGAACAUCUCAAGGAACUUCGCUGUGAAACCGCCGAUAUCGGUGAUGAUGCCUUCCCCAGUAACUUAUCCACUUCGGAAAGUCAUUGUUUUCCUCGGUUGCGGAUCCUUGAUAUGGGUGAAACUCGGGCAACCAUGGAAGGCUUGCAAUCAGCAUUAUCUGGGCUGAAGCAGGACAUUACAUACGAUUUGACUACUGAGGAGCCGCCAGAAGGUACUCUGAGGGUGUCUAUCGGCAAAAAGGUUGUUCGGGAACCUUGGGAGGUAGAGGCGGAGAGAAGGGUGAAGAGCCGUGUGCCUAAAAGUGUGACAAGUACGGAAAGCGCUGGUCCCAGCAAAACAGACGUAGGCCAAAACAAUACAGAUGUUGUCAAGGAGGCUUGGGAGAUCGAGGCAGAACAGGGUUUGUUAACAGAGGGUGGACGUCGACGGGCAAGAGCGGCAGCGGCAAUGUCUGCAGCGGAUAUUGCACCACCUCCGAAACCUAGUCCCCUUAUCGGGCACGGACAACCGCCCACGCCUGCUAGCCUCUCGCAACCAUCACCGACCGCAAGUUUAACGAACCCUCAAUACUACAAGGCUACCACUCAAACACUUACUUUACCCCCGCUCUCAGCCCCGACAAAGUCUCACGCUCGAUCCUUCUCUUUAGCAACUCCAUUCUCAAGUCCACCAUCCUCUCGAGGUAAAACAGAUUUUGCCCUGCCUACACCGACACUUCCCCUCGUUGCUAUAUCAGUGCAAUCGUUCGCACAGACACUCAAGACUCUCGUGUUAAGCAACCGCAAAUUUGAUGUUUGCGCUUCUCUUCCAAUCAUUGGCGAGGUCUUACUUCCAAGCCUGGAGGAACUCGUUCUGGAUGGGUGUGGAUUCGGUGAUCAGAUCUCUGUGACACGUCAAGCUGAAACGGGGGCUACUUCUCUGCGCUCCAACGAUACACUUCUACCUUUAUUAACGCGCGUUUUCCCGAGUCUUCGGACGUUGGAUCUAUCUUACAACGUUCUUACGUCAGCUUCCCUGCAGCAGGACGCCCUGUCUUCCCUCAUCCUGGCUGAUAAUUCCAAUGGUCGUAAAGGUCUCAGGCAUCUCAGACUCCGUGGCAAUCGAAUAGACGGACUUGAUGCUUUCCAGGCCAUCGCAGAACUGUUCAAAGGUAACCGUUCGGUGCCAGAUUGGAAACUAGAAGAACUAGACCUCAGAGACAACGAGAUUUCCAAGCUUCCUGCAGAACUUGGUCUUUUGCCUCUGGAUGUCUUCUUGGUGGAUGGUAACUUAUUCCGUAUACCCCAGAGGAGGGUCUGGGAAAGGGAAGGGACAAGGGGCCUUUUGAGCUGGCUGAGGGGUCGCAUGGAAUGAAAUGAUACCCACACUGAUGUAAUUCCUUGUAUUGGAUAUUCCUUAGUUUGAUAGCGAUGAUGUUCUC